CCCCCUCUGUGGUCUGGUUUGCCCUCCUCUUCCUUUCCUCGGCCCCUUCUACUCCCCUGGUUCUCACACCCACACAUGCUCUCCAUCCUCUCUCAGCUCCUUCCGAAGCAGCUCCUCAUUCUUCUGGCAGUCCUAGAGUGUGAGGGCACGGGAUGGAGGCUCCUGCCACAGGUGAGGGGAUGAAGAGAAUAGAACUCAGCCUCCCUCCCUCGAGACUCUCUGCCUCAGAUCUCCAGUCUGGACACAGAGUGGAAUGAUGAUGUCCUUAAACAUCCCCACUCAUCCCUCAACCCUCUGGCACCUGCUUUUGGCUUCACCACGAUUCUCUUCCUUCUGCUCAUUAUUAUAUGAACUGAGAAGCUUUGCUGGUCCCUUCAUUCAAGCAUCUUUACGUCAUUUAGGUCUCAGCCUAAAUCUGACGGAUUUAACCAGGUCUUUUAUUCCAUUGGCUGGAUCUGGUCCCUUUUUUUUAUACAUCCUGUUCGAGGCGGAAGUGAGAGAUCCUCUAUUCCUAUUGGCUUAGAUUUGAAGCUCUGGUUGUUCAUCAGUCUCUGAACCGGGAAGUACGGCUCCGGAAGAGGCGGGCUUUGUGAAGAUGGCGGCUCCAGUGAAAGCGGAAGUGCUGGAGUCAGACCUGUCAAAUUCUGUGGCGCUUUUGAAAAACCUCCAGGAGCAGGUAAUGGCUGUGACUGCACACAUUCAAGCUCUGACAAAAAAAGUUCAAGCUAGAGCUUAUCCUACAGAGAAGGGUCUCAGCCUCUUAGAAGUGAAAGACCAGCUGCUGCUCAUGUACCUGAUGGAUUUGAGCCAUCUCAUCCUGGACAAAGCCUCAGGAGGGUCUCUUCGGGGACAUGCUGCGGUUCUGAGACUGGUGGAGAUUCGUACGGUUUUAGAAAAACUUCGUCCCUUGGACCAAAAACUGAAGUAUCAAAUUGACAAACUGGUCAAGACUGCAGUGACAGGCAGCCUCAGUGAGAAUGACCCACUCCGUUUUAAGCCUCAUCCCAGCAGUAUGAUGAGCAAGUUGAGCUCCGAGGAUGAGGAAGAUGAAGCAGAGAAAGGCCAGUCUGGGGCUUUAGGGAAGAAAUCUGCAAAUGGAGCAGUUAAGAAAUACGUUCCACCACGCUUGGUUCCAGUACAUUAUGAUGAAACGGAGGCUGAGCGGGAAAAGAAGCAUCUAGAACGAGCCAAGAGGCGAGCAUUGAGCAGCUCUGUCAUUCGUGAACUCAAGGAGCAGUACUCAGAUGCUCCAGAGGAAAUCCGUGAUGCCCGGCAUCCUCAUGUUACUCGCCAGAGUCAGGAGGAUCAACACAGGAUUAACUAUGAGGAGAGCAUGAUGGUGCGUUUAAGUGUCAGUAAGCGAGAGAAAGGACGGAGAAAACGAGCAAGUGUCAUGAGCUCACAACUUCAUUCUCUGACGCACUUCAGUGACAUCAGUGCUUUGACAGGAGGAACCCCUCAUCUUGAUGAGGAUCAGAAUCCUGUUAAAAAGCGGAAGAAGAUACCUAAGAAAGGUCGGAAGAAAAAAGGUCUGUGUUUCGGAAAGGUGAAGAGGUUUCUCUACUGUGAGCUGGUGUGGUGAUUUCCUGAAUUACACUGGGAAGACCAGAGCCUUGGUGUUGUUGUCCCUGUGUGUAUGGAAUGUUAGAUCCAGCGGAUCUGGAGCCAACUCGUCAGUCUGCCAGCCUCUAGGCUAUAACCACCCCAGUCACUAGAUAGAGCUUGCCCCACAGUGGAAUGCUGCUUCUGUGGGAAUAGAAUUAAGUAAACUAGACAUUUUAAACAU